AUGAGGUACUUUGUGUUUCUACUGGUCUGCGUUUACCUAUGCCGAGCCGCCUCUGAAGCCGAAUUCCUGGCUGCACUGAAAGCUGAGCAGAUUCCUCUGGAAGCACAAGUGCUGAGCGGUGAGAAGCUCGUCAAGUACCUCAAGCAUAACCAGAAUCUCUUCGAGGUUGACACAAAAUCGAGAAAGAAUGACUACAAGCACAGGUUGAUGCAGCUCCAAUUCAUCAACCAGAAUAGGAACCCUGUUGUUGAUGACUCUCACGACAGCGGAACCGACAUCCCCGAAAGCUUUGAUGGCCGAAAAGUGUGGGCCAACUGCUCUUCGCUCUUUUACAUCCGCGACCAAGCAAACUGUGGUUCAUGCUGGGCCGUUUCAUCGGCUGCUGCGAUGUCUGAUCGCAUUUGCAUUCACUCGAAAGGAGAAACACAGGUGGAGAUCUCAGCCGAUGACCUGGUGUCAUGUUGCUCAGAAUGCGGCUAUGGAUGCGAUGGUGGUUGGCCAAUCGAAGCUUGGCGAUAUUUCGCAGACGAAGGUGUUGUGACGGGUGGAAAUUAUGGCUCUAAGGGUUGUUGCCGCCCUUACGAAAUUCACCCAUGUGGACAUCAUGGGAAAGAGCCAUACUACGGAGAAUGCGACGAUAUGGCGGACACUCCACGAUGCAAGAGAAGAUGCCAACCCGGUUACAAAAAGUCGUACAAGAUGGAUAAGUACUACGGCAAAAAAGCUUAUCGACUGCCAAAUUCGGUGAAGGCCAUUCAGAGAGAGAUCAUGACGAACGGACCUGUUGUCGCUGCAUUCACUGUUUACGAAGACUUUUCGUACUACACGAAAGGAAUCUAUCAGCACAAGGCUGGUAAACAGGAAGGUGGCCAUGCUGUGAAGAUUAUCGGGUGGGGAAAGGAAGGUGAUGUACCCUACUGGAUCAUUGCCAACUCGUGGCACGACGACUGGGGAGAGGACGGAUAUUUCCGAUUCAUUCGUGGAAUCAACAACUGUGGAAUUGAAGAAGAGGUGGUCGCCGGAUUAGUCCAAGGACAAUAG